AAAUCAAAUAUGAACUCUAUCUCGAAAGCCACGACUGGGAAGAAAUCUCGUGCUAAUGACCGAAGUCUCUAUAUGUACUCUCAGACAACCAACAAUGUGAGGCAGAAGAAGGGUUCUAAACACCCCAAGUCUCAGUAUCGGAAGAGUAUCAGGUCUUUUAGUAACAAAAGGGAACGAAUUAAGGCCAAUGGGCUCCGUAUUAAUGCCAAACGUUCCCAUAUGGCUAACCUUAGCGCCACCAAUCAUAAAUAUAUAAAACCUCAUAUUGUCAACAUGAGUGAUCAUAAACUAAACAGUUUUUACCCAAAAGACUCAGUCCAUUACCAAGGCCAUUUCCAAAAGGUUGAAGACCCUAAUAUUCCCAAGCCGCCACUGAGUAACAUAUCAAAUUACAAGCGAGGCUCCUUGUCCAAUACGCCUUUGAUCAAGCUUGAUGACCAUGAAGCCAAAGAACUCGCAGGGUUUAGAGGUCAAACAAGGAAGAAUAAAAUCGGAAAUCUCAACAGAAAAUACAAACAGCAUAACCCUCACAAAGCAUUUAUGCUGGAUAAUAAAAGUGUUAAGAAUACUAAAUGUGUACAAAACGAAGUAAGAUAUUUCAAACACGUCAGUACACCUGAGGCAUGACAAAGGUCAUCUCCUUCCUACCUAAAUCACAGUUUUAAACCUAAGCAGGAUGGGUCCUAUAGAGUCAGGAGCAACCUUGGCAUGAAUCCUAAUUACCUCCAGCAGACGAGAUUUACUUCAGAAAUGGAUGAAAAAUGGAUGAGCUUAAAUAAAAUCACUGAAAAAGAAUCAGAUUAUCGAAAAUAAAAAGAGUGGGUAUACCAAAGAGUUCAUACAGUCAUUGUCUUCAGAAGAUCGGAAAAGGAACACUGACAAUCCAAAAAAUCAUAAAUUAUCAUAUGACUCUUCACUAAUCCAGAAGGAUUCUGACAGCCAAAAAUUUAGUGCAUCUCCAGCAUCAAAAUGCAAAAGAAGGCAGAUCACCGGAUCUUUGUUUAACCAAAAUAAGAACUUUGAGAAUCAGGAGCUCUCUUCCUUCGUGGAUAACGACAGUUUGCCACAAAUGAAUACCAAGGGGUCUAACUACACUGGCACCAAUAGAGAUUUUUUGCAAACUAACAGUAAUAUUAAAAAAGAAAUCUCAAAUCUUGCCUCAUCCCAAGAGAAACAUCUCUUGGGUAGUGAAAGAGAGGACUCAAAUCUCAGAGCAAAUACUUACCACCAAGGCUUUUCGUUACGCCAUGGGAGCCAGAGCCUGGACCUCAUCCGGGCUGAGAUCCGUGAAUUUCUUGAAACUAAUAAUUGCUCAAGUACUAGUAAAUUCGUAGACAAGAUCAGUAAAGUUUAUGAGUCAUAUAUCAAUAUACAAGAGCAGGAGCUGCUCAAAGUGCAUUCAGAAGUUCACUCGAACCGCAAGGCUGAGUCUGUUAGAAACGAAGAAAUAAAAGCGAUUCCUUGAAAACCUGAAGGAAAGGCCCACUCAAAGCUAAAAGUGCUGAAAUACACGAAUAUUGAAUACUUCAAGGAUUCUAAUAACAAAAAUAUUGAUCCUGUAAAGGACAGUGAUAGGAAGAAAUCCCAUAUCUCUGCUGGUUUCACCAUCUGUGAGAAGAAAGGCAGUAUCAAGAAAAUACCCUGAGAUAGCAGUGACGCCAACGUUGACAAAAUCAAUCAAUUCGUCGAUAAUGAAAUUGAUAUGAAUUACCAAGAUAAUAAAAGUUCAAAAAAGAAGGGAGUCAGAGAAGCUGAAAAUAUCGUCCCGCCUCUUUCUUUAAAGAAUAUUGGCAUGAAGAACCCUCAAAAUAAGGCAACAGGGAAGAAAACUCAGACAACUAUGCAAUCUACUCAGAUAAGAGAUAAAAUCCUGGGUAGUCAGCCCCAAAAAUCAAUGGUAGAGAAUAGCUCAACCCCUUUUUCUAAUGAGCAGAGGAAAGCUGACAAAAUAGAGGAGCAAAAACAAGAGUCUAUAUCAUCCCGGUCUUCAUCUUCUUCAGGGUACGAUUAUCCCUUGGGUGAAAUGAUCGUCGAGCCUCCCAAGCCUAAAGUGCCUUCAGCGAUUCCAAAAUUAGACUUUGGGUCAAAAAUAGCUGAAGCUAAACCUGAAGUUCCGAAAAUAGCUCCACUACCUGUCAAGAUUCCUCCUCUAGCAUUACCCCCAAAGACCCAAUCUGUUGGGCCAAAGCCAGUUCCGAAACUAGGAAAUAUUCCUAAAUUUGGGCUGGACCUUGAAAAACUCAGAGAUAAGGAAAAGGAUUUCCAGGAUGAAUUCAUGUCAAAAUUUGAUGAGUAUUCUAAAUCAUGGAGAGACCUUAUUGAGCAAGAAAAGCGAUUCUAACUAUUAAUGAUAUAUUUUCCCUAAAUUAUCC